UGUGGUAUUUUUGGUUUUCCAUAAAUUAAUUAAUUUUAAACUCCUUAUCUGCUUUUGGUCGUCAAAAUUGAGGUUGGAGCUGCCAAUAAAAGGCAGCGUUGACAACGCGAAUUUCUUAUUAAAUUUUCGCUUCCGCUGCGUCGAAGAAAAGGCGAGAUGGGCCGCCGAUUUUGGUUAUUGAUGGGCCUCCUUUUUACGGUCCGAGCCAUGAGUAACGAUCUUCCGGGCAAGAAGAAAAAAUCUUCAGAAGAACAAAUCCUGGGCCAAUUAAUGAGCAUGUGGCACUUGAUAGAGACGCAGGCAAGUGAGCUCAAAAAUUUGGACGAUCGAGUGAACGUGAUGAACGACACCAUUAUUUUGAUUCCGCAGCAAAUUUCGGCUCUGGAGGAGGGUGUAGAAAACACAAAACAAAAUGAGCAGCAUCUCAGUCGAACAGUGGACAAGUUGGCAAAACUUGGUAAUGAACAACAACAACAGUUUAACGAGAUCAAAGAGAAAAUGUUGUGCCGUUUAGCAAAUUUGGCAAAGUUGUCGACGCUAUCCAACGGUAAAAAGUACUCCUUCCAUACAAAACACGUUAAGUGGACUGUGGCGAAUGAAAUUUGUGAAAAACAAGGCCUGCACUUGGCGACAUUAAAAAGUCCGAAAGACCUGCAACUGGUCUUCACUGAAGCUGGAAAAAUUAAACCUGGCCAAAGUUGGUGGCUUUCUGCAAAAAACCACGGAAAAAAAGGACAAAGCGACUUCCGGUGGCAUGACCAGUCUAAAUUAGAGUUAAACAGCUCUUUAUGGAAGGUCAAUGCGGAUAAGGAAAAGGACAGUGUUUAUAUCUAUUAUACUGGAAACCUGAACAGCAUGCAAAAUUUAUACGAAAUGUAUUUUAUCUGCGAACUACCAGACAAAUGUUAUUAAUCACAUAAUUGAUUUGUUUAAAUUAGGAAUUUUAAAAAUUCUUAAUUUUUUUGAUUUUUCGUUUCUUUUAAAAAUAAAUUUUAAAAGACAUGCGUGUUUAAUUAAGUUUUUAUUUAGUAAAAUUUAAUAAACUAA